UCUCUCUCACCCAUCAGCGAUAAACAUAAAGUGACACAACAAUAGGUGUAUUACUAUUUUUUUGAGUAUAUUUAUCAGUUUUUUGUGUGCAAUUCUUUCUUAUUAGGGAAGAUCAAAAGGAUCUUUCACUUUUGAUUGUUGAAAAAAAAAGAUUAUGGGUGGGUUUGGUGAUUACAAGCCAGCAAUGGCUAUGUUUGGGUUACAAUUUGCAUAUGCAGGUGUUGCUCUUUCCACUAGAGCUGCUCUACUAGAAGGAAUGAAUGCCAGAGUGUUUGUGGUCUACAGGCAGGCCAUAGCCACUUUGGUCAUUGCUCCUGUUGCUUACUUCUCAAGAAGAAAAUCCAGUGGUUGUUCAUUGGGAUUAAGGAGCUUUUCCUUGAUAUUUUUGUCAGCACUUAUUGGAGUAACAAUCGGUCAGAAUAUUUAUUUUGAAGGUCUAUACUUGGCCUCAUCAUCAAUGGCCAGCGCAAUGGGAAAUCUUGUCCCAGCAGUCACAUUCAUAAUGGCAUCCAUUUUGGGAUUGGAGAAGGUAGACAUCCGAAAGUUGAGAAGUAUUGCCAAGAUUCUUGGGACAGUGCUAUGCGUAUGUGGAGCUGUUUCCAUGGCAUUGCUUAGAGGUCCAAAGCUACUGAACACAGAGCACCUACCUGGAAAAUCCCUUUUUGGUUCAUCGUCAGAUGGUGAGAACUUGUUGCUGGGUUGUGUAUUUCUCUUUGCAAGCGCAUGUUGCUGGUCCAUUUGGCUAAUUUUGCAGGUUCCUACUUCAACAAGCUAUCCUGACCAUCUGUCUUUAUCAGCUUGGAUGUGUUUCUUUGGAACAAUUCAAUCAGCAACAGUUGCAUUAUUCUUAGAGCAAGAUCCUGAAGCAUGGAUUAUGCAUUCUAGUUUUCAACUUGCUUGCUGUUUUUUUGUGGGAAUAGUAGGAUCUGGGAUUUCCUUCUUUGUUCAAGCUUGGUGCAUAUCUAGAAGGGGUCCACUUUUUGCUGCAAUGUUCAAUCCCCUAUGCACAGUUAUGGUGACCAUUUUGGCUGCUAUUUUUCUCCAUGAGAAGAUUUAUGCAGGAGGCUUGGUAGGUGCUAUUGGAGUAAUCAUUGGCUUAUAUAUUUUGCUAUGGGGCAAAGCCGAGGAUGCCGUGGAAACUAAAAAAGAAACUGAUCAUCGGAAGCUGCAAAAUGAAGCUGAUGAGGAGGACAUUUUGGAGAAGACGAAUCAUAAAAUUGAUUUGGAGGAACCUCUUUUAUCACAUCAAACAUCCUCUGUCUGAUGAGAGUGGGAUGUGCGGAAAAAGGACAAUAUGGGCUGUCAUCUACAACAAUAGUGCAAAAAACUGACAUUUAGGUCCACUUGCACGUGAAAAUUGAAAUUUUAAAGAGGUCCACUUGCACGAUUAGCCACCAUCUUCAAAGCAGAUAUAAAUUUAGUUUAAUAUGGUGCAAAAAACUGAUAUUUAGGGACCCACUUUUUGUUUGAGUAAGAGAGUCAAGAUUAAUGAGAAUAUGAUGAUUUGUUUAUUAAUUUCAA